AUGACAGGACGUUUCCAAGACAUCAACUCAUAUCAGCCAUCAGAACGGCCUCGUCCUGCCAGAUACACAUCUGGCAUGUCAGACUUCUUGUUCUCAGACACAAGUGGUUUUGAUAUGAUGGGCUGGGACAUGGACCCCCACUCCCAUCCAGACCACCAUUCACCACACUCAUCCCCUUACACCACAAACUCUGACUACACCGCUCUCUCUCCAGUCACCUCAAUAUCCCCCCACUUCUCUGGCGUGGGUGAGAUGCAAAGCCUAGACAACCUCAACAGCUGUGAGGAAGCAACCAAAGCCCUGGCUGGCUACCAAUACAACACAACCCAAAACUCAAAUACAUUAUCUUCAUCCUCAUCCUCAUCCAAUCCAAAAGGUUCAUUUUCCUUUACCUCUCUGCAUGCUCUCAACGGAAAUGUACCCGGAAUUGCUAUCCCAACUACUCCUGCCACAACAGAUCAAGCACACAAUCAGGUCAUCCACACACAUCCCUCCCUCUCACCAUCAGCCUCCACAUCCUCUGCUUCUCUUUCACCUUUGAUGGAAAGCCACUCUCCCCUCACAGGUGCCUUUAUGGCAAUGAACCCAUGGGGAACUGACAAAGCCCCUGCCUAUACAUCCGAUGAACACGAAACUAGACGCUGGAGAACUUCAAAACACUCUGAUGAUGACCAUCACCGCACACGCCUUGAGCCUGGACAACAACUCAAAAAGGUUGCCCAUAACGCCAUUGAACGUCGUUACCGCAACAACAUCAAUGAUCGUAUCCGUGACCUCAAGAAUGUCGUCCCUGCUCUCUACAAGGCACGCAUCAAAGAAAAGGGCCAGGACGACGACGACGAAGAUGACAAUAGCGAAACCGAAGAAAUUGUCGACGGUGUCCAGGUAGCAACCAAACUCAACAAGGCCACAAUCCUGCGUAAGGCAACCGAAUACAUCCAGUUCCUCAAACAUGACAACGACCAGGCCGAGCGUGAAAACCAGAUCUUGCAACAAAUUAUUUCUCAGAUGCCCGGUGGCAACCAUGUUCUGAACCGGUUCAGAACACAGAAAUCUGCCUACGAAAAGGCCGAGCAGGAACGCCUCUGCCGUGAACGCAAGGAGCAGAUCGAGCAUGAACGCGAAGAGCGCCAGCGCCUCUUGAGAGAACGUGCUGCCCAGCGUGCUGCUCUUGCACAGCUGGUACCCAAGCCAGAGCGUCGUCCUUACCGCAGAAGAAAGCAGAAGGCUCUUCCCAAGAAGAAGGAAGAGGAAGGCACGAAAAUGUUCAUGGCCAUGUUCAUGGCCCUUGCCUUUUUCUCGACCUCCCCUACAACAAGCACCACACCUUCCACACAUGCUGCACACGCUAACGCACGAACAUUCUCUGCUUACACAAACACAACUACCCCCACUUACCGCACCCUGUUUGGUGUCACUUCCAAUGCCUCUGAUCUGUGGUUUACCAUUCGCUGGGCUUUGUUGGCUAUUGGUAUCUUUUACACUUGUGUCUUGCCUCUUUGGUCUCACUGGCUCCGUCCCAGACGUGUGCUCCGUGGUAAAAAGUGCUCGGGCCACAACCACAACCACAAUCAUCAUCAUUAUGCUUCUGAUGUUCCUCAGGCGUGGCACCACCUUUUUGAAUCAUUUGCUAACCUUAUCUCUCUUGAGUCGGCCUCCAACACCGCUCAAACCACAAUUGGUCUGAUCAGAGAUCUUAUCUACAUCACCUUACCUUCCUUUAUUCAGCCUCGUGCCAAGAUUGGUCCCAAACAGCUCUCCCGUUCCGGUGCCUGGGUUCGUGUGGCCGAAACCGAGUGCCUUGGCGGCAAUUCCGAGACCUCUUACAUCCACAUGUUGCGCUCUUGUGUUGGCAUGCUUGCAAACGUGAAACCCCUUGAAAUUAGCUCCCAAAGCAGUCUCUACUUGCGUCCUCGCACGAUUGCCCGCAUCUACGCUACUGCAGCCAUCCAGCUUGAGCUCACUCUUCCUGCUGUACUCUCGGAACCUUUGGCCAACCACUGCUGGUCCCGGGUUGUCGACGCAUUUGAGCAGGCCCGCGAAGUCCAUGACACCAAGGACAGUGACGAGCACUGGAUGACCCAAGCGACCGGUAUUCCUGAAUGGCCUGUGUCUAGCAACCACAAGGAGAUUCUUUCGAUGGUCCAGGCACGCAGUGGUCUUGUUGGAAGACAGUCGGCAGCCGUUUGCCAGAACAUAUUUUAUUCCUUUGUCCUUCCUUAUCUCACUUCUCCCCUCGAAUGGAUUGUGUACUGGCAGCAUCUCAGCAGCCUUCAAGACUCUUGGAUCGCACAGCUCCAGCAAAAUAAAUCCACUCUGUUCAAGGUUUCGCAACUUCCUCCUUCCACCACAACUGCUGUUGACCAGAUGCUAAGCUGGUCUAUUCAUCUUGGCCUUUCACUCCAGUCGGACGAGUUGCGUUCAUCUGCCAGCAUGGUUUCUCUGUCUGAGUCGCUCAAGGCUUCUUCAUCUGGCUCUCAAACUGUCUCUCACCUCCUCCAGCGUCACCGUUCGAUGGUCUUCUACACUCUCCAGGGUGCCAAGCUCCUCGAGCGCAACGAUACCGAGGCCGCUCUCCAAUCCUUUGCACUUGCCCAGAACGACAGUCGGGCCGGACUAGACUGCAUUAGGCAUAUCGCCACUUCCAACGUAGAAGCUUCUGUUCUUGCCUUGUCAACCUUGGCCGUAACAUGGCAUGCUUUUAAAAUUCUUUCCAGACACCCUGAACUCAAGACAACCAUGGUGUCUGUGCGUGAUAGAUUGACUCGUUCUUUGGCUCUUUCCAGUGGACACCUUCCCGGAACCAUCAAACGUAGUGUUCAAGCAAGUCUUCUUGAAAACUAA